CUGAAAUUUUAAUGAAGACACCAGAUCCCAGAAGGCAGCAGCCAGUGACAGGUGUGAAUUUGCAGGACGUUGGAGCAUCUGUCUGAGCCCUUGGUUCUCUAAAGAGUUUUUGAAGCAGCUGACUGGAGAGAGACAAUGGCAACCGGGACCUCACCCAUGCAAAUCGGGUAAAAGAGAUAAAACAGUAGCUGUACGCCUUCUCCACUGGUGGAACCCAGCCGCUUGCUUGCUGAAAUUCUCUUGUUUUUGGAAGAAGCAACUGGGGCAGAAGGAGUGGACCAGCCCAUUGCCAGGAUGACACAGGCAUUCUGGAAGGUCUAUAAGGCCAAAGUCAUGCAGACCCUUGGUGGAGAGCCGCAGGAGGAAGACAUCCAAGAUGAGAGAGAUAAUCCUGAGCUAAUGGAAACCACAGAUUCCACACUGCUGACAGAAGAGGGCGCAAAUCCUGUUUCUCAACUGGCACGGCGGGUCCAAGGAGUGGGAGCUAGAGGCUGGAAGACCAUGUCUGCUUUGUUCACCAAGGAGGACGAACAUCAGUUGCUGGCCCCCGAGCCAUGUGCUGACCACCCUCUUGCAGCAAGACCAGCAGAGGAACCCUCCAUUGAGAAGAAAGCCGCCGGCCUUUGGGACAUCUUUGCUACCAAGUGGCAACAGACUGCUGCUCUGGAAAAGAUGGCUGUGAAGCCCAACGCCCAAGAGGAAGUGGCAGAGGGAAGUGAGGGGUUAGGGGAAGUGGGGGCUGAGGAGGCCAGCAAUGCCAGCCAUACCAAUGACCUCCGAGAGGCGGAAGGAGUGGCCUUCAAGUGGAGCUUCUUGACCAGCAAACUGGUUGAAAUGAAAAAAAAUGUCCCCAAAAGUAACUAGAAUAGACAUGGGAAAGGACAUGAGCAUUCAACCUCUUUCAGACACAGGGCCCAGUGAACCAGCAAGUGGCUAAAGUUUUUCAAGGGACAGUACAGUCAGAUGUCAAAUGAAGGAUCCUUGAUGGUGUUCAGUUGGAUCUGUGUGCUGUUAACUGUCACAGUGUUAGGACCCUCCUCCCAAUGUGUGUGUCAUGUUUCCAACAGUAUCCAUUCCAAUACUCCCCUUUUUUCCUACUCAGACCUACCAGUAUUUUGAAAAAUACGCAUAGACAGUUUGGAAAGUCUUUUUUACCAGAAAUAGUUAUCCUGACAAGAAGAGGGAUUAGACCUUUCUAGGCCUACAUGCUUCCAUGAUACUCGGUGCUUCCUAACAAGAGGCCACUCACUGACUAUCAAUCCAAGCAACCAAUCAGAGAGCGGGAAAGAAAGUUCCAAGGUGAUCCUGAGCCAGCACAAUGUGUGUAUUGUAAGUAUGCUGCACUAGAGCGUUGGAGACCCGGGUUCAGAUCAGUGCUAAGGUGGAAGCUCAUUGGACAAGGAACAAGGAAUCAUCCUUCAACCCAACACCUCACAGGGUUGCUAGAGAAAGGUCAGGUUGCAAAAUCAAUAAAGCUUGAAUAGGUCUUUCCUCAGAGUCCUCUCACAUGGAUGGGCUAGUAACAAUGCUUGCUACUAGAAUUAUGGGAAGGGAAGCUGAUCCUAUCUCCAGUUUGUUUCACAGACUUGUAGACACUCUAGCAGGUAGUAUCUAGAUCCACCUUCUGUAUUGAGGUACCUGGCUCUGUUCCUGAGCCACAUUUUACCUGCAGCCUUACCUUCUAAGGGAACACUAGUCUGACCAGAAAGGCUUCAAGAGGCCUUUGUGUGGUUGGAGAGUCUCCAGCAUUCCCAGUAGCAAGACAUUCCCACCUGAUCCUGAGGCACAGUUUUUACCCAGCAAAGAAGCAAUAUGUAGCUUUGGUUUCCUUUUCUUACUUUGCUACUGGCUAAAAUGGCACGAGUGUUUCAUCAGCCCUUCCUGGAUACCACGCAGCUUCAAGCAGUGAUGGACAUACUUUGCCUGGCCAGCUUAUUUGCAGUGUGUUUUCUUUGGUUCUUUGUUUUUCACAGAAGUAGAUCAACAAUAAGCCCAGCCCACUGCAAUUUCUAGAUUCUUUUUCUUCAUUGCUUGAGAAGAGAUUCCUGCGCUCAGACUGGUUUUAUCCCCCAGUCUUCAGCCACAACUGAAGUUGUAGCUAAGAGGUGUGCUGAAAAAUUAAACACUUAU